AUGGCUGUGAAAGCAUUCGGCCUGCCUUAUCGUGCAGCAAAGGAGCAAAACAUGACAAUGCACUCGACACCAACACCAAUUUUCCAUCACCAGCCGACUCAAUUGAACAUCCGACCACAGAUCCAGAAGGCAUAUGCAAUAUUUCCCGGUUCAUUUGCGUAUGGUGCCGAACUAGACAUUGAGAAUAUACAGCCAGGCCGCGCAGUCACGACCCCUCACAGCAACCAACCCAUGGAACAGGGCAUACCCUUACCCGAAAGACCAGUUCAAACAUCAAAAAUGAUACUGGAAUCCACAUCCACGCCGCCACUGCUGCAUUGCGAAGCUAUAUGCACCACUCCCACCUACCUUAGGGCACCUGAUUGGUCUCUGAGGAUAUCCAGCCCGAGCUACCAGUCAUGA